AUGUCGUUCAGUGCCAUUCCUGUUCUUGAUCUCUCCCUCUCUAGAAAUAUAGAUACGAAGCCUGCUUUCCUUGACUCCCUGCGCAAUGCAUUACUUGAUGUUGGAUUUCUUUACGUCAAAAACACUGGAAUAGACGAGGUACUCGUUCAAAAUGUCAUCGAUGAAGGGAAAGCAUUCUUCAAGCUCUCUGAAGCGAAAAAGUUGGAGGUGCAGAUGAAGAAUGCACCUAGCUUCCUUGGGUACAAUAAGCUUGGGAAUGAGAUCACUGCAUUGGCAACAGACUGGCGAGAGCAGAUUGACCUCUCCACACCACAUCCUUUGCCAGGAAAAGAAGAUCCCCUUUACUACAACCUCAAAGCUCCCAAUCAAUGGCCUGAUCCCGAAGCUCUUCCCGCCUUCCAGUCUACCUACGAAAGUUAUAUUCGUUCCAUGUCUACCCUCUCUAUAUCCUUCACUUCACUCAUCGCGGAAGCUCUCGCUCUUCCCCCAACAGCAUUUGACAGUUUUUUCGACAAGGACCAACAACACAAGCUCAAGAUCGUCAAGUACCCAGACGCAUCCUCUCUACCAGGCUCCCAAAGUCAAGGUGUAGGUCCACACAAGGAUUCGAUGCUGACAUCGUACCUUCUACAAGUACCUCCACAUAAGGGCCUGCAAGCACAGAAUCUGGCAGGAGACUGGGUUGACUGCCCCCCUAUCCCUGGCACUCUUGUAGUUGCAAUCGGCCAGGGAAUGGAGGCACUCACGCAUGGGGUAUGUAAGAGUACGACACAUCGCGUGCUCUCGCCACAAGCAGGCUUGGGUCCUAGAUUCAGCAUUCCCUUCUUUCAGGGAGUGAGCUACGACGCCACAUUCGAGACCGUUGACAUACCUGGUCAUAUACUGGAGUUGAUGGAUGAGAGAAUGCGGAGUAGAGGCAAGAGAAUCGAUGAUGUGGAGUUUACUUUCAGCAAGGGCAAAUGGGGACAUCUGGGUGAAGCAACAUUGAGCAAUCGCGUCAAGAGCCACCCUGAUGUUGGCGAAAGAUGGUAUCCUGAAAUACUGGCGAGGAUCAAGACGGAACAGGCGGAGGUGGAGAAGCAGAAAAUUCAACAGGUGGAAGACCGUGCUCGAAGCGACAUCAACAGGCAGGAGCCGAGGAUAGAUGGCCUCUCUACUGCUCCAGGGAUCAAAGCAAACUGA